GUUUUUCAUGGAAAAGUUAUAAUGGUGUGUUCGAUCGAGUCACCAGUCUACACUGGACUGGGCAUUAAACUGACAAACAUUUACGAAUUUCUAUCGUCUGCGAAUGUCGAAAUGGGUCAUGUCGAAAAACAAUUCACUCCUCCAGAGGAUAUACAAGAAAUGCGAGCGAAAGGCUUACCCUGGGUUGUGGCAACAUGUCUUCUUGUAAUAAUCGCACUAUCUGCAAUUAUUUUCUAUUACGUUAUUGCUGCUGAGUUGUCUGCAGAAUUAACACCUUCGACAGCUGCACCGUCAAUUGGCUAUGAGGUAGAAUUUCUAGAAACAAGCAAACCACCUACUACGGAUUUUCCUACAACUGAACCAACGGCGAUUUUGGAGGAAGAAAGAAUAUUCGCAACAGGUGCACCACCUUUGAAAAGUAAUUCGAGGAAAUUUCAUCAUGCUGCGGUGACUUGUCGGAAUGAAUUUUGUGCUGAAAUUGGACGCGAUAUCCUGAUCCGAGAUGGAAAUGCUGUUGAUGCAGCCAUAGCGACUGUCAUAUGUAUGGGAGCCGUACAUCCGCAUGCCACAGGAUUUGGUGGAGGACUGAUAAUGGUUGUGCAUGACAGGGCCAGUAACGAGACCGUAGCUAUAAAUUCACCUUCGAUUGCUCCAAGAAGCGCAAGGGAGGAAACAUUUCUGGUGAAUCCUAAUCUAGCUAAAUUAGGAUAUUCAUCAAUAGGUACACCAGGCUUCCUCCAUGGUCUAUGGACAGCCUAUAAACGAUUUGGAUCCGGUAGGGUAGCAUGGCAAGACUUAUUGCUGCCUACCGUAAAUCUUCUUGAGCGAGGAUAUCCCGCUAGCGCAGAGUACAUCGCAGCCGUGCGGAGCCGUUUGAAUGAGAUAAGCUCGGAGAAAAGCAUGAAUGGUGCCUAUACCACGGUAGCGGAGGGUACUGUACUACGAGAAUCGGUGCAUUUACACUUUCUACGGCGAAUCGCAACGGCUUCUGAACCGCUGGAGUUAUUCUAUAGAGGAGAAAUUGCAAAUCAAAUUAUACACGAAAUGAAACAGAGAGGAGGACUAUUAACAAAGGCGGACCUGGCAGGUUACGAGUCUAAAAUUGAACCACCUCAAAGUGUCUCCCUAUCCAAUGGGUACACGAUAAAGGGACCAACGUCACCUUCAGCAUUUCCGGUCAUUGCUCUAAUCAUAGAUAUGGUCGUAGGUAGCUACCAUAAUCGCUCCGAUAUUUCUGUCGACGUCGAUUAUCUGAAAGAUCUGCUCGAUGCACAGCGUUUAGGAUUGGUAGAACUGGAACAGAUAGGUGAUCCUGUUUUUGCGAUACCUGACCCCGUUAUAGAAACGUUAGAGGAACGUCGCAACAAUUCAUCAAAUGGUUCAGGGGAGGAAGAUGAUUCAUUGAGCAUCGAUAUCAAUGGAUUGCUCUGGAAACUGAGCCAAGAAGACUAUGUCGGUUCACAUGUCAACGUCAUCGAUAGUGGUCAUAUGGCUGUAUCUCUGAGUUCAACUAUAAAUGAGAAAUUUGGAUCCGUCCGUCGCUUUGAAAAGGGCGGUUUUGUCUGGAACAAUGCCAUGUCGGGAUUCACUGUUUUUGACAGAGAGGACAGCGAAGAUGUGCAUGUGAAUUCUGUAGAAGGCAGAAAACGACCGCGAACGUCAAUGGCACCAUUGAUGUUGUUCGAUCAAGAAGGACAGCUCAUCGGAUGCUAUGGCAUUACCGGGUCGCUAAAUUCUAUUCUUGCUCUGGCACAAGUGAUUUUACAUCGAAUACUUUUUGAUAUGGAGUCGGUAAGGUCGAUCGACGCGCCACGAAUAUUUGCUGCUUCUGAAGGAGCUACGUUUGAAAGCGGUUUUCCAUUGAGCAUUCUGUCCGAGCUAGGAGCAACAAUGUCGCUUGAUCCUAUGCUUUCAAUGGACUCCGUCGUUCAUGCUCUCGAACAAAGUCGAAAUGGAACUUUGCAAGCCACUUGUGACUUCCGCGACAACAUGGAUCAGUGCGCUAGAGGGUUUUAA